UCCAUUUCCAUUAUGUACCUUGUACCGAAUGUCUGUCUCCCCGUCCUCCAUGGCUGUAGCUGCACAGUUGAUUAUACUGUACAUCAAUAUAAUUCCCACAUAACACGACUUGGCGUAAAACAUUUGAUUCUUUUCGUGACGUUUCACGUGUCGAUCAGCAGUUGCCCAACAUCAACACUGCUAUUAAUUCCCGCCCGGCCCAGCCAAACAACGUAGUAACUGCUUCGCCCAGCUCGAGUCGUAGCACCAAAAGAAGCAAGCACGCCUAGCUCGUUAUCGAUCAUGGCGGCCACGUCGCCACUGCCACGGUGGGCGCCGACGCCAAGUCCGUCGCGGCCGCUCUGGCGCUGGGGCUGGGGCGGCGGCGCCACGCCGGACGCCCGGGCGGACGGAGGUGUCACCGGUUGGACCUCGUCGUUCUUCGCCGCCGUCUUCCCGUGGACGAGGAGACGACGUGUCGAUGACAGAUGGGCGCCGUCGGCCGGCGGCGGAGUGGGGACGUUCGACGGCGUCGAGGUGCCGCUGCCGGCGGCGCAGGCAGUUUCGCUUCCACGGGCGGCAGCGGACGUCGUCGACGACCCCGCGGUGUUCCUGACGUGGGAGGACGUGCGCGUGACGGUGCCCGGCCGCACUCGCGGCUCGCCGCCGGCGAGGAUCCUCGACGGGAUCACCGGGCACGCGCGGCCGGGGGAGGUUCUGGCGAUCAUGGGGCCGUCGGGGUGCGGGAAGACGACGCUUCUUGACACUCUCGCAGGACGGUUAGGACAAGAAAUGAAUCAAACCGGUGUGAUUUUAAUAAAUGGCCGGCAGGAAAAGCUUGCCUUCGGAACCUCGGCAUAUGUAACCCAAGACAACGUGCUCAUGUCGACUCUAUCGGUGAGAGAAGCCGUCUACUACUCGGCUCACCUGCAGCUACCUGACACGAUGCUGGCGUCAGAGAAGCGCGCCCACGCGGAGCGUGUAAUCCGGGAGAUGGGGCUUAGCGACACCAUGGACACGCGCAUCGGCGGCCGUAUCACCAAGGGCAUCAGCGGCGGGCAGCGGAAGCGGAUGAGCAUCUGCAUUGAGAUGCUGACACGGCCGCGGCUGCUUUUCCUCGACGAGCCCACCAGCGGGCUGGAUAGCGCCGCCUCCUACCACGUCAUGAGCCACAUCACCCGGGUCGCUGCCAGGGAAGGGAUGACUGUCAUUGCCGCUGUGCACCAGCCCAGUGGCGACGUCUUUGACCUCUUCCAUGGUCUCUUAUUGCUAGCCUAUGGGAGGAUGGUAUUCUUUGGGACAGUUUCUAAUGCUACUGAGUUUUUUACCCAAAGUGGUUUUCCAUGCCCACACCUGAGGAACCCAUCCGACCACUUCCUGAGAACAAUCAACAAGGACUUUGAUGAGGGAACUAUGGAAAGCUCCAAGGCUAACAGAAAAACAGCAGCUGAAGCAACAAAUAUUCUAACAAAUGCAUACCACUCCACUUAUUCAGAGAAAACAGCCAAUGAGAUAGUUGAGAUGAAAGGGAUGGGUGGAACUCCAUUUAGAAGGAAAGAGCAAGCCAGCUUCUUGACAAAGCUCCUUGUGCUAACAAGAAGAUCCUUCCUAAAUAUGCACAGGGACAUAGGCUACUACUGGAUGCGUUUGGGCAUUUAUUUGGGCAUUGGCAUUUGCCUCGGCACCAUCUUCUACCAAGUUGGUUACAGCUACAGUUCUAUCCAGAGUAGAUGUGAAGUAAUAAUGUAUACAACCGCGCUUGUAACUUUCAUGGCAAUUGGAGGAUUCCCUUCUUUCGUAGAGGACAUAAAGUUAUUCAGAAGGGAGAGAUUGAGCGGCCAUUACGGAGUCAUGGAAUUUGUAAUCUCAAACACCCUCUCAGCCACCCCUUACCUUGCCGUCAUCGCUGUGAUCCCCGGAGCAAUGAUGUAUUACCUCACAGGGCUGACCCGAGGUGCGGAACACUUCGCAUACUUCGUCGCCACACUCUGCAUGUGCACGCUGCUGGUAGAGAGCAUGAUGAUGAUCAUCGCAGUCAUCGUCCCAGACUUCCUCAUGGGAAUCAUCAUCGGUGCCGGGAUACAGGGCAUGAUGAUGCUCAAUGGUGGCUUCUUCCGCCUCCCGAACGAGCUCCCGAAGCCGGUGUGGAAGUACCCUUGCUACUACAUCUCCUUCCACAAGUAUGCGGUGCAGGGGUUUUACAAGAAUGAGUUCAUAGGGCUGUCUUUUCCAAGUGAUCAGCUCAUCGAGGCCAAUGCCACUAUCAGUGGUCUUCAGGUUCUCAAGGAAAGGCUGCAAGUGGAGAUGGGCUAUUCAAAGUGGGUAAACCUUGCUAUCCUGUUUGGGAUGAUGGUGACAUACAGGAUGAUAUUCUUCGUUAUUGUCAAGAUUGCAGAGGAGCUCAGGCUAAAACUGAGAGGGAUUAGAUUUAGACGGCUUAAAUAGUCGUCUUCUCUCUUGGAAAACCCGGCCAGGAGGAAGGGAUCAUUAAACACAAAUAAAAUUUGAAGUACAGAAUGUACUACAGUAGUGUGGACUUAUGUCAUUUGAGCUUGAUAAUUCCUAACGGGUAUUUUCUGGCAUUUUAGUCCUUUGCCAAUGGAACAAAAUUGUAAAGGAUUUUUUAAGGUAAACCAAGUUAUCGUGAACGGUUCGUUGCACAGUGUUAAAGGGCUAACAUUGCUCCUAUCGCAUCGGUGGUAAGAUGUCAUUUCUUCAUAUUUCAAUUUUCUUAAUGCCAAGUAUUGCAUUCCAAAAAUGAAUAUAUGGAGCAAUAAUGCCUAAUGUAAGCACCGACAUAUUUUAAUGUUCUUCCUGAAAAGUGACAGCAAGAGUGAAAUGUGAAGAAAUAAUGAAUAUUUAUACAGUGAUGUAU